UUCUUCCUCACCUUACGGCAGAGCUCGGAACCCUGCCUCAGAGUCUCACUGUAAUAGAGGAAUGUCGCAAGGAUGGGGUAGAAAACUCUGGGUUUGCGACUGUAGCUCUCGCUUUCCGGCCAAUACUGAGGUGCCUGAAGGCUGGUUGGGGUUGUGAGGCCCGAGGCAGGUCGAGAGAACAGUUGUCUCUGGAGUUAGCAUUCACCCUUCUUCUACCAAAGCUACUGGAAUUUCUGAUCAGCCCUGGUCAGUACAAGAUGGACCCUGUGGUCUUGAGUUACAUGGACAGUCUACUGCGGCAAUCAGACGUCUCGCUGUUGGAUCCCCCAAGCUGGCUCAAUGACCAUAUUAUUGGAUUUGCCUUUGAGUACUUUGCCAACAGUCAGUUUCAUGACUGCUCUGACCAUGUCUGCUUCAUCAGCCCUGAAGUUACCCAGUUCAUCAAGUGUACCAGCAACAAAGCAGAGAUUGCCUUGUUCCUUGAACCCUUGGACCUCCCCAACAAGAGAGUUGUAUUUUUAGCCAUCAAUGAUAAUUCCAAUGAGGCAGCGGGGGGAACCCAUUGGAGUUUGUUGGUUUAUGUCCAAGAUAAAAAUAGCUUUUUUCAUUAUGAUUCCCAUAGCAGAAGCAACUCGAUCCAUGCAAAGCAGGUAGCAGAGAAACUGGAGGCUUUCUUAGGCAGAAAAGGAGACAGACUGGACUUUGUGGAAGAGAAAGCCCCUGCUCAACAGAACAGCUAUGACUGUGGGAUGUAUGUGAUAUGUAACACGGAGGCCUUGUGUCAGAACUUCUUCAGGCAACAGCCAGAAUCACUAUUGCAGCUACUCACUCCUACAUACAUCACAAAGAAAAGAGGAGAAUGGAAAGACCUCAUUGCCAGACUUGCCAAAAAUUAGCUAUCCAAGAAUAUUUCCGGCUUUUGAAGUCUCCUCUUUCUGCUCAUCCCCAUUUAUUGGAUGGCUGUAAUCUCAGUGCCUGAAGGAAGAUGCCUCGUAGAGGGAAACUUAGUAUUCUUAUUUUUCUCUGGAAGAAUGUCAUCCUCUGCAUUAUCCACAUGGAAAGUUUCAUUUUAACCCUAACUUGAAAGCAAUAUGCUCUGUGAAAGUAUCUUGAAGUUACCCAUCAAAACCUUAAAACCACGCUGUCUUAACAUUUACUAAUUCCCUUUUUGUCUCCCUUAUUCCUAUUGCUUAUUCAAAGGAAACACAGUGAUGUUUAAAGAAACCAGGUAUAUGUCAUAUCCAGAGAAAUGCGAGAACAUUACAGAAGAACCAAAAGCUUAUUGCACAGUCCUACAUAUUUAAAGAGAUCAACUGGCUAAAAGCAGGUCAAGAUCUAACCUAAUUCAAGAUUAUUAUGAGAAUCAGUUAUGCAGUUCUGUGAUAUCUCUUCCAUUCACCAUGCAGAGGCUUUCCAGGCUGUCUUUGUAACCUUUGCAGAUAUUUGAUAAAGAUGAUGUUAGCUUAUCUUCCCCCACUGGAUUCCUGGAAUGCUUUAAGAAAGGGGGAAUCUUUAAUUUCAUUAAAAUAAAUGGCUGUUGAACCUUU